GCGACGGUAGCGGAAGUGACGCAGCUUGCUGUGUUCCGUUGGCUGGUCUGUGUGUUGGAGCGUCAGAAGCGGAUCGGUUCGGUUUGGCUCGGUUCGUCGCAGUCAGAAGCAUCAACUCCACGCAUCAGAUGUCGUUCGGUGUCCCGCACAGCGGCGGCCGGCGCAGUAAAUGGGACCAGGCCGGUCCGGGGUCGUCUGGAGCUGAUGGAGGUUCUGCUCCGACCGGAGCUCUGGACGCUGCUGCCGCCGUCGCUGCCAAGAUCAACGCCAUGCUGGUGGCCAAAGGCAAACUCAAGCCGUCUCAGAUCAGCAGCGCUGCUGCCACUGAUAAAGUGGCAGGUGUUGGUGGUAAUAAGGUGAAAGAUGAUCUGGUGGUGGCUGAGGUGGAGAUUAAUGACGUCCCGCUAACCUGUCGGAAUCUGCUGACCCGUGGACAGACUCAAGACGAGAUCAGCAGAGUGAGCGGCGCUGCCGUGUCCACCAGAGGACGCUUCAUGACAGCGGAGGAGAAGAGCAAAGCACUGCCCAGUGACCGUCCGCUCUAUCUGCACGUCCAGGGACAAACCAGAGACUUAGUGGACAAGGCUGUUAACCGGAUAAAGGAGAUCAUUACUAAUGGUGUAGUGAAGGCUGCCACUAACUCGAGCUACAGCGGAGCGACGGUCACCGUUUACCAGCAGCCUGGACCCGCUCCUGCACCCACAAUCCCCUCUGCUGCUCACAAACCACACUAUCCAGGAGGAAUGCAUUACGUGCAGGAUAAGCUGUUUGUGGGUCUGGAUCAGGCCGUGCAGGGCUUCUGUGUGAAGGAGCGAGUGGAGGGCCCUGGCUGCUCGUACCUGCAGCACAUUCAGGCCGAAACCGGGGCCAAAGUCUUCCUGCGGGGCCGGGGGUCCGGCUGCUUGGAGCCCGCGUCCGGACGAGAGGCCUUCGAGCCCAUGUACAUCUACAUCAGUCACCCAAAACCAGAAGGACUUGCUGCUGCAAAAACCCUGUGUGAAAACCUCCUGCAGACCGUUCAUGCUGAGUAUUCUCGAUUCCUGAAUCAGAUGAGCAGUGUGAUGCCCACACAGGGAUUCGUUCAGCCUCCUGCCGUUAAUGGGAUCCAGCCGCAGGCUCCGUAUUACCCCCCCGCAGGCUUCCAGCCGUCCUACCCCGGCCCGGUCCCUCCGCCGCAGCCCGUCGCUCCUCAGUAUCCUCUGGCUCCGGCCCCGGGCCCCGUCCCCACCGCACAGUAUCCCAUCACCCCCGCGCUCCCGAGCGUCCCGGCACAGACGCUGGCUCCGGCGCCACAGAAACGCCGCUUCACGGAGGAGGUGCCAGACGAGACGGACCGCGGCCUGCUGGGAUACCAGCAUGGACCCAUUCAUAUGACUAAUUUAGGUGCAGGCAUCUCUGUGGGCAGCUCUGAGGCAUCAGGACCCCCGUCUGCUGCUUCCUCAGGGCCUGUGAGAGAGAGAGACAGGUUAGACACACAAACACAAACGACAGUGUCUGAUCAUCUCUCACUCACUCACUCACACACAACAGUGUGCUUGAUUAGCGUUCGAGCUAAACUGCAGGAAAGUGGAUCUCGCGAGCCAGAGCCGCAGGUGAAGCGUGUGCGGAUGGGGCUCGUGGCAUACGCUGGAGACUCCUCCGACGAAGAAGAGGAUCAUGGAGCCUUCAGAGCGGCCGGAGCCACAGGAUGGACAUACCGCUGCCCUUCAUCACCACCCACACGGCCCAAAACACAGACGCAGACGCAGCCCAUGCCCUUCUGGAUGGCACCGUAAACACACACACACACACACACCAUGUUCAUGCCUCCUAAAGACUGUCCUGUGGGAUUAUGGGAGGAUGGAAGAGCGAUGGCUGCUCAUGUGGCGCUGCAGGAUCGCGCGUCUCAUCACUCUGCUUUAGUUUCUCUUCAUCAGUUUGAUUUGUAAUGUUACUUCUUCUGAGACGAAUAAACACAUGCAUUGGCUCACA